ACAUCAUGAUCCGCAACGGGAUGACAGCCCGGGAAGCAGUAAUCGCAGUCGACAAAAUCCGCUACGUGGAGAGUCCGUACCUCGCGGACUGGGAGUACCUGCGGAGCCUUGUGCCCCCGGCAGAAUGGAAAGAGUGCAAGAUUACCAUCCCUCCCAUCACUUGGCAGCACUUGCAACUGCGCGCCGGCACUGCCUUCACCGACCGUAGCCCCUACACGACUGACAAAGAGUACUUUGCCGAUCUGGCCCAAGCGUACGUCCAGGAGCUGCAGACGUUGUAUGAUGCAGGCCUGCGGUCGAUCCAGGUGGACGACCCCCAGCUGCUGUAUUUCGUGACGGACGAGUUCCGCUCGGGCUGCCACGCAGACGGCAUCGACCCGGACGAGCUGCUCGACUUAUACAUCUGGGCACACAACCAGUGUCUGGUGGGUCGACCAGCGGACCUGCACGUGGGCAUCCAUCUCUGUCGGGGCAAUAUGCCCGGCUCAACCCACAUCAUCAGCGGGUCGUACGAGCGGAUUGCGCGGCGCCUGUUCACGGGACUGGACUUCGACACCUUUUAUCUCGAGUACGACACGGAGCGAGCGGGAGACUUCCAGCCGCUGCGGUACCUGCCCGUGGGCAAGAACGUGGUGCUGGGCGUUGUCUCGACCAAGAGUCCGGAGAUGGAGUCUCUUGACGAGCUCGAGGCCCGCGUGUAUGCGGCAGCGGACGUGAUUGCUCAGGGCCAGGGCCGUAGUCGACGAGAGGUCCUCGACACCACAUUAGGGGUGAGUCCGCAGUGCGGGUUCUCGAGCGUCGGCCGCGGUCGGGGCAUUGGGAUGACGGAAGAGAAGAUGUGGGAAAAGCUGCAGCUGGUGCAGAUUCUGGCCGAGAGGAUUUGGGAACGGACCGUUGGGGUUCCGUGAAUAGUCAGUCCUGCAGGUC